CCUGUCUCGGGGCCACCGCCCCCAGGUCGCUGUGCUCAAAGUAUGCAUUCCUGUGGCCCGUCUGGCGUUGAGUGAACAGAGGUGCACGCCGUGCCUGUGCUCUGCUCUGGAGCGCCUGCCGACGGGUGGUGCUGACCCGCUGCAGACAGAGUCCUAAAUACGCGGUUCCCCUUAAAUUCCUACAAAACUGUGAAAAACGUCGUCAUUUUGAACAUCACAUGUAAGAUGUCCCCACAUUCCUGUAGGUUUGACUCUAACCCUUGUUUCAGAGUACCCUGGGCCAAGUGUCGCCAAGCCUAUUUUGGGCGUGGGAAAAACAAACAGUCCCUUGAUGCUGUGGAAAAAGCAGCGUUCUUCGUGACACUCGAUGAAACAGAGCAAGGGUACAGGAAGGAAGACCCGGAUGCAUCCAUGGACAGCUACGCCAAGUCUCUCCUACACGGCAGGUGUUUUGACAGGUGGUUCGAUAAGUCUUUCACGUUCAUUGCCUUCAAAAACGGGAAGAUAGGCAUGAACGCCGAGCACUCCUGGGCUGAUGCGCCCAUUGUCGCACACCUGUGGGAGUAUGUCCUGGCCAUGGACUCCUUUCACCUGGGCUAUGCGGAGGACGGGCACUGCAAGGGCGACCCCAACCCGAAUAUUCCGUACCCCACACGGCUGCAGUGGGACAUCCCGGAGGAAUGUCAAGAGGUGAUAGAGACUUCCCUGAACAGCGCCAACAUUCUGGCAAAUGACGUGGAUUUCCACUCUUUCCCAUUCCACACCUUUGGUAAAGGGCUGAUCAAGAAGUGCCGUACGAGCCCGGAUGCCUUCGUCCAACUUGCUCUCCAGCUGGCGCAUUACCAGGACAUGGGCAAAUUUUGCCUGACGUACGAGGCCUCCAUGACCCGGCUCUUCCGAGAGGGGAGGACGGAGACCGUGCGUUCCUGUACCGCUGAGUCGUGCAACUUUGUGCUCGCCAUGGUGGACCCCACCCAGACGGUUGAGCAGAGGCUCAGGUUGUUCCAGAUCGCAUCCGAGAAGCACCAGCAUCUGUACCGACUCGCAAUGACUGGCUCUGGGAUCGACCGCCAUCUCUUCUGUCUUUACGUGGUGUCCAAAUACCUGGCCGUGGAUUCCCCUUUCCUGAAGGAAGUUUUAUCUGAGCCGUGGAGAUUAUCGACAAGCCAGACUCCUCAGCAGCAGGUGGAGCUGUUUGAUUUGGAGAGGAAUCCGGAAUAUGUGUCCAGCGGAGGGGGCUUCGGGCCAGUCGCCGAUGAUGGUUAUGGCGUGUCAUACAUCCUCGUGGGAGAGAACCUCAUCAGUUUCCAUAUAUCUUCCAAGUUCUCCAGCCCUGAGACCGACUCGCAUCGCUUUGGGAAGCACCUGAAACAAGCAAUGACUGACAUCAUCAGCUUGUUUGGGUCCAGCGCCAACUCCAGAAAGUAAUUCCGCUAGAGCCGUCGUGAAGGAAAACGAGCUCUUCCGAUGAAAAACCAAAUGAAAAUUAGCUGUCGAUCCUGAUUGUAGUUCAGGAUGCAAAUUUGCUCUACAAAACUCAGAAGUUUUCCUUCCAUUGAGGGUUUGGUGUUUUUCUUUUUAUAGAACAGCAGGUCUCCACCACAUGAAGUGUAACUACUUCCUGGCAGGUCCUGACUUUGGGAAUGUUUUGAUAAAGUGCUCCCCCUCCCCAAAAGUUUUUGCAUCUGCCUGUGUUGACUGAGGGACGAGAAUAUGGUUGAGCUCUUGAAGGGAUUAGUGGGGUUGUGACUUCACACAUUGGACAUGCAAGUGGCACGUUUCCUCGGGGAGUGACCCAAGACCUGGUACUUAGGGGCAUUUCCUUUUAGCAGAGCUGCUUUUGUGCAGAGAGGAAAGUGGUCGAGUUUUGGAGAGGUUAACCAUUCAUAGCUGACGCAUGUGUAACACACUAACGGAGAUACUGUGCUUCUGGAAACAGUUUUUGUCACUGUGGGUAACUGUGUCAUCAGCCGGUUUGGUAGCCUGUAUUUGCCUCCCUGUGUUGGAAGUGCGUAGUCCGCCCCAUCUUUAGUUUUACUGACCGUGCAAGUCUUCAAAACCCAGUGCCUUAAAAGCGGAAGACCCUAAGCGAAAGGGAGACCGUGGGAAAGAUUUCCUGUGUCAGGUCUUCAGGUGGACUUGUGAGUGUCUUGCUCCCCUUCUCAAUUUACCGAAUGGGUAACCCUUAAAUAAGUGUUUCCUAUGGUUUCCCUGCCCCUAGAAAGGCCAGUUCCCUCCUGAGGGCAGCUGGGCUGGAUUCCCCCAUCAUCAGACUGCUUUCCUUGUGUCAUUAAGCAACAAAAGAAAGGGUGUGUGGGUGUGUGUGUGUGUGUGUGUGAGAAAGAGAGAGAGAGAGAGAAAUGGGGAGCAAGGGAUGUCAUGGUCAAGUGUGAGGUGUCUGGAGCAGUCACUGAAGAAGAAAGUAUAAGCCGUGGCUCCGGAGCACCCCUUACCCAAGCUGACAGCAAGGGAGGGCAUGACAUUUACCGCUGACAAAGGAAUAAAGCUUGAGAAACAGGAAGAAUAGCCUCAAAAUGGUCAGGAGAGUGCAGCGCCAGUCAGCUCCAAGAGUGCUUUCGAGUCCCACCUGGCGAGAGAGAACCACUCUCCUUUCCAGAGGAGAUGGAGGGAGAUGGAAACGGCAGGCCACGUCAUCUUGGUGACGGACGAAAAUGUCGCAGGUGACAGGUGCUAGGUUUAACACAGCCUGCCCUUCAGAUGGGUGUGCCUUUAUCUGAAAGCGUCUGACCGACCAAAAAGCAAUUAUGCACUGAAUCGUCUUCAGUAUUUAAUGUAAAAAUAAAGGAUCACGGAAUGAGAAAGACCCACUGCCUCCGGGCCAUAAUGACCAGCUUAGCUGUCCAUUUUUAAAACUGUGUAUUUAUUCUUCUGACCACUCUGUUCUGGUGGGGCCUGCCUCUGUGAGAGCUGUGCACUCUGGCGAUUACCAGGCGGGGCUAUUGGAGGAGACGGGCGCCUGCCGCAGCGCACCUCCAUAUUUUAUAUAUGUAUAUGUGAUAAUGUAAAAAUCCCACCUAAACGGGCCAAAGAUUUUUUUUUCUCUUAAAAGUAAGAAGAAAUGAAAACAAACAAAAAACUAAAGUGAAAACCAACAAGUACAGUAACAGCCCCCGCCCCCCAUUCAUCCAUGGUUCAUAGUGGAGGAGGUGUGGGGGGAAAUGGCCCACUCUGCCCUGGCCCGGCGUGGCUUCCAGUCAGAGCAGGCAUCAGCCACUAUCAGAGCCACCCCAACCCUCUGCUAUCGACCACUGACCUUAGCGUUCCCCUGUGAAUUCCAGUGUUGCCGUGUAGCACUCAAACACGUUUGGGCUCGUCUCUCAGGUUUAAAUAUUUCAAAUGUAAUUAAUUGUUAACCAGUGCAGUUAUCAAUGCAAUUUUAUAUUUCCUAAAAGAAGGAAGAGUGGGUUUUUAUUGUACAUGUUGAAAGGAGGAGGGAAGAGUAUUAUGUAUUUAAUUUAAUUUGGAAUAAGCCAUAGUCUUAAAAGAGCUGUGGUUUGAAUUUGUUAUCUUGGGCUGUCCAUUGCAUGUAAAUACAAGAUGCUCUUUUGGAUGUAAAUCUGGGAACUGUAGUAUGAAUGUUAUCAUUAAUAAAACAUUAAUCCCA